ACUAUUUUACUCUUUGCCUGGGAGACAACUUAUGUAGUGUUUGGUUGGGUGGAUUUGUGAGGGAAAAAUAUGAAGGAUUUUGGUUAGAGGGAAAAAGGGAGAAGAUUUUUGUGAGAGUUUGAAGAGUGAUUCUAGGGACUCGGGUUCGGCCCCGGGAGAAGAAGUUGCCGAAAUGGUGGCCGGGGUUGGUUCUGAAUACGGAGCAGUAUCAGAGGGAAGCCAACUGGUUGAUUCAAGGACAUCUGGAGUACGGGUCUCCUUUGACACAACAAAUACAUGUGAUUCCUUCUAUCGUGCUUCUGUUGACUUUGUUUUAAAUGUUUGCAGCAGGGCCCCGAAUCAUUGUACUUCUGUUCAGAUUGACGGUGAAGAUGCUUGGAAAUUUGUUGCUGGGCUUGCUGAAAACAUUCGUGCUUCAAUAAUUGUGUCAGCAGCUGUUGCUGCAAGAUCUCGUUCACGGUUUUUACAGGCUUUGGAAAUUCAAGGUAAACAUGCUGAAGCAAAAUUUGAACUGUCAAAGAUAUGCCUUAUGCUGUGGAAAUUUCCUCCCGAGGAGUCUUCUCCUGAGAUGGAGUGGUAGCUCGAGGCUUGGAGAAACAUUUCAAAGUGGAACAGAGGUUAUUUCUGUUAAAUAUGCUUGUCGGGGUUUGUGAUGAAGAGUCAUAAAAGUGCAACAGAAGCUCUUGGUUUGCUUUGUAGGUGCCCUCUCAAGAAGAUAUUGGCGAUGGACAGGAAAGCAAGUAUACACGAAAAGUGGUAUCUUGUGAAAAUCCUUUUUGCAACAGAUAUCUCUCGUGCGGUCUAUAGGCAUGUGUCAUCUGCUUGCAACUGAUGCAUGCAUAAGAUAAGUGCUCCCAACCUUAGAGUCAAUGUUUACUUGCAUCCCUUAUAGUUUUGAUCCCACCAAUUAGUAUUUUUUUAACUUGGUAUGUUUAAUAAACCUCUAUGUUCAUAUCCAGUUAAAAAGUUGGACAAUUCUUUUUAUUUUAUUUUAUUUUUAAUAAUUCGAUAGUUGGGGGUAGGAGAUUUGAACCUUGGUUGGAAACACUAAAGAGCACCAAUUAGUUGAAUUACAGAGCACUUGGCUGGACAAUUCAUUCUUGAUUAUGAAGUGUAUGUACUUCCCAAGCUAGAAGUUAAUUUAUAUUCUACAUGCUUUUGGGUAUAGUAUUUUGUUAAAAGCUAGUUGAAAUAUGGUUGUAAUUAGAAAAGUGAGAUUUUAAAUGGUUGCAUAUAAUCAAAUUAGCCAAAAAGCUUCUUCUAAAAAAAAAAAAAAAAAAUCUAAAAAGCUAAGUUGCGAGAAUUCAUAUUUUGUAGUUUUGAGUUAGUGUCCAUUUAGGUAUCUUGAAGUUUCGGCGCUUAUUUGCUAAAUAUGAUACGAAGAUAGACUUUUUAAUUUUAUUUUAUAUAGCUUUUUUCUAAAUGUGUUACAAAAAGUUAAAAAAAA